AUCCCCCCAAGGGUAGCUAUUAAACUCCUCAAGGUCAUCAACCAAACUCAAAUAAUGCAUGGGCAAAUUAAUCGAAGGCUGGUUACCCAGAAACACGUUUGCCAAAGCGUAAAUCAAUGCCAUCUUCAGUGCGUCAUAUAGCAGAAACGCGUUUGAUAAAUUUCAUACUCCCUCCAUCCCAAAAACUCUUUUCCCUUUAUUUUUUCUGCCCCCCAAAAAUCCUUCUCCUUUUCUAUUAAAAACGAUUUUUACCCCUCAUAAUGACGCAGUGAAGAUGGUGUUGAUUUACGCUUUGGCAAACGCGUUUCUGGGUCUGCGCGAAGUUUAACUCUUCGAAAGUAUCCGACGCACUUUUCAAAUCUGGGAAGGUUAGAUGUUUAGUGUUCGUUUUUUUUGUUGUUUAUUUGUACUGAAUGGUGUUUAUUAAUAAUGUUUUGUUCCAAUUGCAGCUUCUAGUUAAUGAUGUUGAGCCAACGGAUGCAGAGUUCUUGUUGGACAGUGUGAAAGAGCUGUUUAAGGGGAAAACCACCUCUGCAAUGAAAGACAGAAAUAAGUUAUCACUUAGCCAUUCGAAGCGUGUUCGAAAGGUUAAGGAAAGGCAGGUGAAUAUACGCGAUGCGUUUGGUAGGCUUAAAACUGAAGGCAAGGCAUCUGGAAGUGAGGUGAGGUCCGCGGUUAAAAGGGGUGGAAAGGGCAGUGUCAAAGAAGAUCAUGGUGUGGUGGGGCGUAAAGGGAAGAAGGUGUGUGUGGCAAAAACAGAUAGUGAGCACUUGGAUAUGGUGAAGGAGAUCAAGGAAAAACAGGAUGCGCAAGACAAGAAACUGGAUGAAAUCUUGGGCAUUCUUCGGCAAAAAACAGCGUCUGUUGAAGCCGGCUCAGCGUCUGGGAAAGGGUCUUUGAUGGGAGGUAAUGAAGAAGCUAGGGUCCGGAAGGAGGGUAUUACUGGUGAGGGAAAUACAGAUGCUGGGGGUAAAUGUGGGGUUGAUUUGGAUUUGAGUUGUGACGAUGGGGGACCUUCGUUUGAUCUUCUAACUCCAUUGCCUAGAGUGGAUGCAGUUGGUGCUGAACUACCAAACGACAAGAGUGGCAAUGUUUCAGGGACAGAAGCGUGUGAAACUGUUAAAGCGAGGAAGUGUCUAGAGAUUCCAUACACUGAGACACAAUAUGAUCCACGUGACCUGGAGCUUAUUGACAGGCAAACCGAAAUGUUCUUAAAUUCUUUACAGAAUGCAAAAAGUGUUCCUCUGGUUUCUUGCGAAGGGGUAGUUGGGCAGGAUGCGAAUGAGGGUGGGUGCAAGAGAAGUGUGAGUGGUGAUGAGCCUGACAAGAAAUCUGGAAACAUUACAUUGCCAAAUGAUGUGCAUGUACCGGUGGAUGUUGAGUCUACAUUUGGGUUCGAACAAAGGGAAACUUGGGCAGCACAUCGAUGGAGGCAAACGUAGGCGUAGCUUGGAUGACGAUGAUUUUGACAGAAUUUCUACUAGCAGCCGGGUGAGAAGUGGGGAGCAAAGAGUGAAGGGUGCUCAGGAUGCUUUGGUGGUGUUUUCCACGGCUUCAGAUUCGAAUACUGCAUGUGUUGAGAUUGAAAGGCCUAAAAGGGUUCACAAGAAUCCUGAGAGAUAUACUCCCAGAGAGGUCGAGCAUGAUAAGAAAAAACGGAAGCUGGAGAGGAUGGAGCGUGCUAAGCAACAUCUGGACCGUGAUAGGUCAGCAGUAUGCCAUGGGCCCUUUUCAGAAGAUCCAAAGGAGAUGCCUGCGGAGGAGGAAAUACAAAAGGUGAGGGAAUUUUUGAAUGAAGGCCUGCUGAAAAGGCACGGAAGGGGGAACAGGACAUGUCGGUAUACAAGUAAGGUGGAGAACAUACGAAAAGUCCAAUUGUCCUUGAUGGUUUUACAGUGGAGAACAAAACAUGGCUAUAAUUGAGAUUUAUUCCCGAAAUAGUCCUUUGUAAUAAGGUAUUUUUCCAAAUCAGUCUUCAAUAAGUUUUAAUUAUCUACGUGGUCCUUUGUAAUUGAGAUUUAUUCCCAAGAUAGUCCUUCGUAAAUAAUUUACUCAAAUGAGG